AUGCAACUCUUCACCUACCUCCCUCUCGUCCUCAGCCUGAGCACCCCCGCCCUCUCAGCUUCUUGGGGUAUCAAGGCCUGGCACAGCGACAACUGCAGUGGCUCCCUGCUGACGCACAUCGAGAAUUCCCCCAAGACGGGGUGCUUCAACUUCGACAAGAAAGAGGGGUACGGGAUCCGCUCGGUCAACGGAAACUUCAACAGCAAGGACUACCACAUCACGAUCUACCCCAAGGAGAACUGCAAGGGAACGGCGGCGUGGUCCGGCAAGAGCAUCAAUCCCCACAAGUGCGAGGUGUUCAAGGAGUGGACCUCGAAGGUCGUCAUGUACUCGUACAAGGUCACUGCUGCUUAG